GGUGGUUGUGCGCCCCAAGAGCAAGAGGAACAGAAGCCCCUGGGAGCUGGAACCCGAGGCCAAGAAGCUCUGUUUGAAGGGCCCCGGUCCUUUGACACCUUAGAGCUUGGGCUUAACCUCCCUCAGGUGACAGGAAGAGGCAGAUGAGCUCCAUUACAACAGACACAACGGACUUUUCAAAUUCCUUGUUUGUACCAGAAUUUUUACACACUGAGGACUGCUUAAGAUAAUCCUACUUUGCCUAGUGGUGUGUGUACUUAAUUUCUCUAGUCACGAUUGCUAGCUGUAUGUCCUUGGUUUAACUGCGGAAACCCUCCCAUUUCCCUCCUUCCUUCCUUGGAAAACUCAUUCUUAGGGGUUUAUUGGGGCUUGAACCUGGGGCUAUAAGGAAUGUAGGGAACUCAAAAGACAGGGGGUUGUUGAUGAAGUGUUUUUUUUGUUCAUGAGAAGAAAGAAUUGGUUGUCACGAGGUGGGAUUCAUAGAGAUCAGGUCCUCAAGUACAUGUUGGUAAUCCAGAGUUGCUUUAUUCCUAUUCUAGGUGGAUCUACCUUCCCAAAAGUAGCCUAGCGAAUUUAGCGCCACACCGGACCCUAUGGAUCCUGCUGGUUUUAAGGAGAAGAGAUUGGACUUAGGGCCAACCACUGGUCACCUCUACAUUAUUUUAAUAUAGGAUUUAAAGAAACUGCUUUUCCCAAAAAGUCACUUCUGUGCUGUCCUAAAAUCUUUUUAUUGUGCUUUAUAUGUAACUUUUAAAUUGUCACCCAACCCUAUCACUAGUUCUCCAGCCCAAACUGGGAAGAGUUCUGCAGUUCUCAUGUGUUUCUUUGGCUCAGUUCUCAGGAACCCUGCAAGAUCAUAGUUUCACUUCAGAAGUACUAUUUUGGGGAAUGUUUUUUGGAAGGGGCUGAAUUCCUACUCACUAUUUAUUUGUUGUGCUGGGUGAGACUGAGCAGAACGUGGAAAAACCUUAGGAGAUGAUAAGAGAGAUUGUCUAUGCCGAAUGAAGGAACAAGGCUUUCUUUUUGGGAUGUUUCAGCAGAAAAAUCUUUGAGUGAGAUUGGAGCGGAAAAUAUGUGUCUGUUCUGCUUGGCAGGUCCUAGCAGAAGAUUUGACUCAGGCUGCCUUUGGGCGGGGUUGGCUAGCCUGCGGGUCCCGCCACCAUGCAGCAUCGUCAGGGCCCUCCACCAGCAUAAGCUGGGCACAGCUGCCUGGCCAUCACUACAGCAGGGUCUCCAGCAGUCCUUUUUGAACUCUCUGGCUUCUUACCGGAUAUUCCAAAAGGCUGCCCCUUUUGACAGGAGGGCCACAUCCCUGGCGUGGCACCCAACUCACCCCAGCACCCUGGCUGUGGGUUCCAAAGGGGGAGAUAUCUUGCUCUGGAACUUUGGCAUAAAGGACAAACCCACCUUCAUUAAAGGGAUUGGAGCUGGAGGGAGCAUCACUGGGCUGAAGUUUAACCCUCUCAAUACCAACCAGUUUUUCACCUCCUCAAUGGAGGGAACAACUAGGCUGCAAGACUUUAAAGGCAACACUCUCCGAGUUUUUGCCAGCUCAGGCACCUGCAACUUCUGGUUUUGCAGCCUGGAUGUGUCUGUCAGAAGCCGAGUGGUGGUCACAGGAGAUAACGUGGGGAACGUGAUCCUGCUGAACAUGGACGGCAGGGAGCUUUGGAAUCUGAGAAUGCACAAAAAGAAAGUGACCCACGUGGCCCUGAACCCGUGCUGUGAUUGGUUCCUGGCCACAGCCUCCGUAGAUCAAACAGUGAAAAUCUGGGACCUGCGCCAGGUUAGAGGGAAAUCCAGCUUCCUCUACUCGCUGCUGCACAGGCAUCCCGUCAACGCAGCUCAUUUCAGUCCUGACGGUGCCCAGCUCCUGACCACUGACCAGAAAAGUGAGAUCCGUGUUUACUCUGCCUCCCAGUGGGACUGCCCCCCAAGCCUGAUCCCACACCCUCAUCGCCACUUCCAGCACCUGACACCCAUCAAGGCAACCUGGCAUCCUCGGUACAACCUCAUUGUCGUGGGCCGAUACCCAGAUCCUAAUUUCAAAAGUUGUACCUCCCAUGAAUUAAGGACGAUCGAUGUGUUUGACGGAAGCUCAGGAAAGAUGAUGUAUCAGCUGUAUGACCCAGAAUCUUCUGGUAUCAUGUCGGUGAGGCUUGGGCCCUCAAAUAAUAAUGGGAGGAAGCAGGGAUUCACCUUACCUUACUGGAUCAAAAAUGACCAGAAAUUAAUCCUUAUGUGCCCUUCUCCCAGUACCCUCAUUCCCUCCUCAUGCUUAUCCCCUUGUCUCUGCAGCUCAAUGAGUUCAAUCCCAUGGGGGACACACUGGCCUCUGUGAUGGGUUAUCACAUUCUCAUUUGGAGCCAGGAGGAAGCUGGGAAGCGUAAAUGAGAGACAUUAAUGAAGGUGGGGGCCAAGCAAGGGCUUGGAGCCCCAUGGGAACAAGUUCUGCGAGAAGAGGCGGCUUUGUGUUAAAGGGCCAGAGGUAUCCGAGUCCUUAGGGUUGGAGCAGGGGCACUGGGACUGCGACACUGGGACUGGGAUACUGGCAUGUACUGUUCUGGACGUAGCUCCAGAAACUCCAGAGUUGGCGACCCAGCUGCCCCAAGGGUCCUUGCUAUAUCUAGCCUGGAGCCAAGCUUCUCUUUUCUCCUCUCUGACAUGCAGUGGCAGAGGAUCAGGUAGUGGUUUUCGAUUUGUGUUCACUAUUCACAUGGCCAAUAAAACCAUACCCGACUGAGCUUCUGAGUGGGUCUUCCAGCACUGACCUG